GUCUCGUUGAAGGACGUGCAACGUUAUACCCUCCCUCGAGUCUAGUUUGCUGCCAGUGUUGAUUCUAUUACCUCACUUCUGGACCUUCCUAUCCACCGCAUUCAACUUACAACUCAUUCCCCACCUGUCCGGUCUUUUCUUUCACCGGACAGCCGAGUCGAAUUAACCUCAAUAUUAGCAUUGCACCGUCGAAUCUUGUCUCCCUUUUGACCUUUUCCAACCAACUAGCAAACAUCAUCCUGUCUUUUUGUCUUUUUUGUCUUUUUUGUCACUAGGUACUCAUUCCACGUUGACGCCUUCAACAUGCUGCGACGGCCUCCUGGCGAGGGACGGCUCGUUGCUCAACAGCGCAAGGUCCUACUCGCCUUAGCCGUCUUCCUUCUACCAUGGCUCCAGCUUGUCGAUGCUCAGCAGCAGCAAAACCAGCAACAAUCUCCGCCCGAACGCGCUCCCGUUGCAAAUGUUCUCCACGAUCAUCAUAGCAAUGUAGCUAUAAAUGACAAACAAGAAUUUCACGACCGAGCCAUCCCCCCUCCUCGACACGAGUCCGCCUUCAGCGCAGAUCAAGCUGCCAUUCCUUCCAAGGCGCGCAGUGCCUACGAGAAUCCAUCCCUCGGCCGCAGAAAAAUUAUGACUAUGAACAAUCAAAAAAACAUACGCAUUCCUAACGAUGCGAGCGCCCUCGCAACUUUGGCUCCGGCUCCGCCCGUUCGAGCACCAAAUUAUCCAAGACAUCUGCCUAGCCUGCUCGCCGGUGCUGGGCUCUCUUCGCCGCAGAUUGCGCGGAGUCUGGAGAAAUGGGAAGUGGAAGAUUAUAUUCUUCUGGCGACCGUCGAUGGACAUUUAUAUGCUGUCAACCGCGAAUCCGGCGAUGAACGCUGGCAUUUGCAGGUUGAGCAGCCUAUUGUUGAAACUAUUCAUCACCGUCCCAACAAUUCCCUAUCCGAUCAUCAAGAUGAACACCAUCCCCUUGACGAUUACAUCUGGGCUGUCGAGCCUACGCAUGAUGGUGCCCUCUACGUUUGGUCACCUUCUGGCUUUGGCAGUGGUCUAAUGAGCACCGGGUUCACUAUGAAGCAGCUAGUGGAAGAAUUCGGCUCGUAUGCCGUACAGAAUCCGCCCGUCGUCUAUACGGGCCACAAGAAGACCACCAUGAUCACCCUGGACGCUGCCACCGGUCGCGUACUCAAGUGGUUCGGACAAGGUGGUUCCCAAGUGGAUCAAAGUGCUACCUGCUUUCCCCCGAAUGGACGUUUCGUAGACGCAGACAACGAAGAAUGUAGUGAUAGUGGUACGAUCACUCUUAGCCGGACCGAGUACACAGUUAACAUACACCGGUCUGACGAUGGGAGGGAGAUUGCUACCCUAAAAUAUGCUGAAUGGGGUCCGAACAAUUUUGAUAACGACCUUCAUCAGCAAUACCGAGCAACGCAAGACAACCGAUACUUCACCAGCCAGCAUGACGGCAAGGUUUAUGCCCUUUCCCACCCCACUGGCAUUACAUCCUUUGCACUCCAGUUCUCCGUUCCUGUUGCUCGCGUCUUUGAUAUCGCUAGGCCACAAGAUGCCCCGCCUGGCAGCAAUCCUGAACUUGUUUUACUUCCGCAGCCCAUUCCUCCGGUUCAGGACGAGGACUCGGCCCGCGCCCGAAGUCAUAGUGUUUUCAUCAACCAAACUGAAUCGGGUAGCUGGUAUGCCAUGUCCGGCUGGUCAUACCCCCUUAUCGUCGAUGCCCCAGCGGCUCAAGUUGGCCAUAAAGAAAAGAAUUCCUGGCUUACGGUAGACGCGGCUUGGGCCGAUGAGGUGCUGGUUGGCACUCAUGUUCUAGGGAAUGCAAAGAGCGUCACAUACUGGCCACAGACACUCCCUCCAAGUCUGCCUUCUCGACCUUUCCCACCGGAAUCCGAUCACGAUGACAAUGAAUCUGCCGUCCCGAGCACAUUUCCCGACCCCGGACCAGAGUCGGGGGGCAUCGUUGACAGGGUUGUCACCCUCCCCCAGUACGCUGCGGAUAAGACCGUCGAUUUUUUUAUGAAUCCAGUUCUAUUCCCAGUUCUCAUUUACCUCCUAUUUCGUUACUACAAGGACCUGGUUCGAUGGUCGAGACGACGCAUCAAGCCUAAGGCUUAUCUCGAUGACCUGACAUAUGUCCCCUCGACAGACCUAGACACUGCUCUAGAUGAAGUUCAUUCAUCGAAGCUAGUUACAGACACUAAGCAGCAGGAGCCCAUAUCGAUCGAGUUGGAAACUGCGGAGAAGCCUACGUCUGCCACUGUCGCCGUUGUAGAGCCACCUCCCGUAGAAGUGGAUGGUGAGCAGCCACAGACAGAAGGGGAGUCUCCUGAGAAGAAAAAGAAGGCGCACCGCGGUCGGCGAGGAGGUGUGAAACAUCGAAAAGGAGCCAAAAAGCGUGACCCGUCCACGAAUUCUGGAGAGAGGAUUUCUAUAGAUACCAAAGAAAUUCCGGGUCUUCAAACGGUCGGCAUUCCAACGAAGCUUGAGCCCAACGUGACAACCAUAAACAAUGACCCAGAGGAUGUCAGUGGCCCUAUCGUCAAGAUUGGUGGAAUUGAGGUCAACCAAGAUGAGCAGCUUGGCAUGGGUAGCAAUGGUACCAUUGUCUUCGCAGGAAAGUUCCACGGCCGAGACGUAGCCGUGAAGCGUAUGCUCACGCAAUUCUGGGAUAUCGCAACGCAGGAGACACAGCUAUUGCUCGAGAGCGAUCACCACCCGAACGUGAUUCGAUAUUUCGCCAUGUCCAAGAACGACAGUUUCUUGUACAUCGCAUUGGAGCUCUGCCAAGCCUCUCUCUCUGACAUCAUCGAGAAGCCGGCUCUAUAUCAAGACCUAGCACAGGCAGGCGAAAUGGAUUUACCUCGUGUCCUACUCCAGAUUGCUCAUGGUUUAGGAUUUCUUCAUGACCUUCGCAUUGUUCAUCGUGACCUAAAACCCCACAAUAUUCUUGUCACCAUGGGAAGGGACGGGAAACCGCGGCUUCUUGUGUCGGACUUUGGGUUGUGCAAGAAGCUAGAAGGUGGACAGUCGUCCUUUGGCGCGACUACUGCCCAUGCGGCUGGUACUUCGGGCUGGCGUGCGCCCGAGCUCCUCCUAGACGACGAUGCGCGCGAAUCAUCAAACAUGUCUAUGGCCAGUACACAUAGCGACUCGAGUCAGCUCGUGAGUGCCGAUGUGAUGCCAAAUCGCCGUGCUACCCGGGCUAUCGACAUCUUCAGUCUUGGUCUCGUCUUCUUUUACGUGCUUACGAAAGGUCUGCAUCCCUUUGAUUGUGGCGAUCGGUACAUGCGGGAAGUCAACAUUCGGAAAGGCCAAUUCAAUCUCAAGCCACUCGACGUCCUGGGUGACUUCUCUCACGAAGCCAAAGCGCUAAUUGAAACCAUGCUUCGAUCUGACCCAAGGGCGCGGCCUUCGGCCAAGGAUGUCAUGUCCCAUCCGUUUUUCUGGUCGGCAAAGGAGAGGCUUGCUUUCCUCUGCGAUGUGUCUGAUCAUUUUGAACUGGAGCCUCGCGAUCCACCAUCCGAUGCCUUAAUGGAGCUGGAGGGACAUGCGCCUCAGGUUUGCCGACAUGAUUUUCUCAAGGCGCUACCGAAGGAAUUCGUGGAAAGCUUGGGCAAACAGCGCAAGUAUACUGGGUCCAGGCUGUUAGAUUUAUUACGGGCGCUCAGAAACAAAAGAUUUCACUACGGAGAUUUGAGCGAGCCGCUGAAGAAGAUGGUUGGGCCCUUGCCGGAUGGUUAUCUGAGCUUCUGGACUAGACGGUUUCCCAACCUUCUCAUAGUAUGCUGCAUGGUCAUUUACAGGUUAAAUCUGGAGGAAAUGGAUACGUUCAAGGAGUACUUCAAGCCGAGAACACCUCUAUGAAACUACUGGGUAGGAUUUAUAAUCUAGUACUAUAUAUCUAUCGAGCACUUUGCAAUUGACAAUUUACAUUUCACUGAUUUACUCAUCAACUGCGAUUUACUUACAUCAUAUUCACUCCUGCAUGUAAUUCAUUCAUUCACAUUCAACUUGGAGUUUCACGUCGUUGAUAUAUAUACAC